AUGUCUUCGUCCCUUCCCCGAGGAUUUGAUGAUAUCCAAACGGUGAAGUCUAAACCCGGCAGGGUGGUGAACGUUAUUGCAGUGGUAGUAGACGCGCUUCCACCGAAGUUGUCCAGAGGAGAUUCAUAUACGUCUACCUUCACACUUAAAGAUCAUGACUUCAGCGGUGAGACAUGGAAAGGCCUCAAAAUCCGCUACUUUCAACGUUGCGAGUCAAAUCUACCAGCUCCUCAACAGGGGGAUGUAGUUCUCUUACGACAAAUCAAGCUACGGCCAUACCAAGGGGCCGUGAUUGGCCUCUGCACCCAGCUGGAUUUUUCUCCUUGGAUCAUUUUCAGACAGGGCUCCAAUCCCAAGGCUUCGCCGCAAGUAAUUAUGUGCCCCGGCACUCGAGAGUUGAUGGCGACUGAGAAAUCAUACGCUCUCUCUCUGAUCGGCGCAGCGAGCACCACAGCUACCAACAACCAGCCCGUUCAAGUCCGGCAAACCGUAGCUCCGGCACCACCCAACCCAGUAAUCACAAAGCCAUCUAUCCAACGCGGCAGGCCAAAAUUCUCCUUAAUAAGAGACUUAUCCUGUGGUAUAUUUGUCGACCUCGUCGUUCAGGUGGUGAAAACUUACGCUGAAGAUUAUCAAAGAUUUCUCCUCUAUGUCACCGACUAUACCCAAAACAAGCAACUUUUUAAUUACACCGCAGAAGAAGGCGGCCCCCGCGAUGGCGACGAGUACGGCUACACGUCACGCUCCAGUAGAACUUGGCCUGGCCCUUACGGGCAGAUGACCUUGCAAGUUACUCUCUGGGAACCACAUUCGUAUUACGCAAGACAAAACGUCAAAGAAAAUGAUUUCGUUUUGCUCCAAAAUGUCAAUAUCAAGAUGGGGAGAGUGAGUGGCGCAAUGGAGGGCAGCCUUCAUACAGAUCGCCGCUUUCCCGAGAAAGUCCAAGUGAUACCAAUCAAUGACAAUGAUUCCGACGAGGAUGUUAAGAAGUUAGUGAAGCGAAAGAUCGACUACUGGAAAAGAGUAAAAACAGAGAAUCCCGGUUUUCGUGGCAAUGGCAUAAACAAGCGGAAAGCGACCGAUAAUGAUGAACAGCAACGGUGUCUAUCCAAGGCCAAGAAGCGACAAGCAGAGCAAAAUCGAAAGCAGGAAGAGAAAAUAAAGCGUGAUGAAGAUCAAUCAGAAAUAGAAACAUCGUUUCAGGAGAAGCGGGAUCAACUAAACGCUUACAUCCGCGCAAACGACCCCUCAGUACCAUGUCGCUCAAUAUCUGAUAUUCUAUCUAAUGAAUCCCACAUGAAUAUCUCCCCUGAUGGCAUCAAAUACCGUCUUCCCUUCCAAAAUCUCCGCUACAAAGCUUCUGUCCGCGUUGUAGAUUUCUUCCCUCCCAAUAUAGAAGAUUUUUCCGUACAGUACGAUGUGGAACGUGCCAUGCUGUCAAACACCUCAGACACCGAAGGUAGCACAUCUAGCAUUGGCGAUAACGAAACUGACAGUGGUAAAAGAUGGGAAUGGAGAUUUUGUCUCCUGGUCGAAGAUGCGGGGCCAGGUACUCAUUACAACCGCAGCGGGCCACGGGAACGCAUGAAACUCUAUGUGGGGAAUAACGAUGCUGUAUUCUUGCUCUGUCUCGAUGCUGUGAAUCUCCGUCAGAACCCUGCCGUUCUUUCCGACCUCCGUGAAAAGUUGUUCAUUCUCUGGGGUGACCUAGAAGAGCGCAAGAGGGCCAUUAACACCGCAGCUUGCAACAACGCCGGAAGCAACGAUGACCCCAAUCCUGAUCUCAAUAAGCAAAUUAUCCCCGCGUCAACGAAGCCAUUUAUCUGCUGCAUUAAAGAGUUUGGAGUUAAGAGCUCGCUCCGUUCGGACGAGGGGUCCUCAGCUAAUGACGAGUGCCGAUUUGGUUGGGAAAGACGGUUCUAUCUAAUGAAAAAAUGA